CCUUUGCCCAGUCUGGCCCUGACAAGUCCCCAGGAAUUGCUUUUCUAUUGGACAAAAAUCGGAAAAAAUUCCAAAUUCAACGUAAGCUGUCUAACCAGCCGGCGGACUUUGUGAGGAUGGACGAUCCUUUGCUUUCCGGACUCGGAGGUGCAUUUAUCAAGCAGACCAAGGAGAUUGCCGACAGCCUGUGUGAACUGGAGGCCAGGACGGAUGAGCUGCUCGUCGAUGCGGAGAAAGUGGACGAGGACUUGGCCAACUGUCGCAAGUUCCGCGAGGAGCAGCUGCUCAAGUACCUGUCGGAGACCAAUAGCGACGUGGAGCAGAUGCAGAUGCUGCGGGACAACAUAGAACUGAAGGAGACGGCCGACGAGUUCUACCAGGGCAUCGAGCUGAUCAUGGAGAAGUACAGGGAGCACAGCGAGGGCGAUAUGUUCAUCGAUAGCUACCAGCUGAAGGAGCGCUACCUGGCCGGACUGGAGAAGGUGGUGCAGGAGCAGGCUGCCCGGAUCGAGAACAUGCUGGAGCUGAUGAAGCUGACCGCCGAUCUGGAGGAUCGCUGCAGUGAUGAGAACCAGCAGGUCAUUCGUCAGCUGACCGGGGAGAAUGAGCAGAUGCGUCGCCAGCUGCAGAUCAGCAGCUCGGAUGAGGCUUUCCGCCAGGGUAACCUGGGCUCCAGCGAAAGCAGCACCCAGUUCGAUCCAAGUGAUCCCGAUGCCUCCGCGGAGAAUAGCAUUUACAGCGUGGAGAGCUUCCUCUCCUGCCUUUCACCGAGCAAUAUGGCUGAUAAUGAUAAUGAUGGCUCCUCUUCCAGUUCUCAAGUGAGUCAACUGGAGGUCAGCCGCUUUAUCGAGGAGGCUCUGGCCGAGAACUCCGAGGAUUCCCCCUCUAGCCAGACGGAAUAGACAUCUAAAUACCCUUAAUCACCAUUCACUUAUUGCUGUAUGUUCUGGACCCCACACAAGUCUGGCUGUUUGCGUUGAUUUGCUUGGACUUGAGUUAACUUUGGGCCCUCAACUUUGAAAUCAAUUAUAGUUCGGGAUGGAAAAUCCCCAAGGAUUCCCUAAACUAUUUCCAUCCCGAAAUAUAAUUUUAUUCAAGGCUACACUAUUCUGUACACUCUUUUGCUGCCUGUUACCUUUUGCUGUUUCUAAACAUUGUCACUUUCAUAAAUAAUUAUGUAUGAUUUUACACCGAUUUCUUGGAUUUAAAUAUUAGCCUACCUGCUCAA